GCAAAGUAGAUGAAGAAAUAGCUGACUGGAUACAUCGACAAUUUCUGAUACUCUCACAACAGUUUAUAAUCCGUGUAUCAGUAUGAAUUAUUUGCAGGACAUUUAUCAAAAGAUUGUUACAAGACAGAUUAUACAGAGUGAAAAAUGUUGGCCAUUCUUUGCCGGCGAUUAUGGAGCAAUCUACCCUGAAGACGUACCCGCAAUAUGUGGCAAUCGGGGGAAUCUCACCCUGGAGCGGUGCGCUAUGCUCUCACACGCCGACCUCCUGGACGCUCGGCUGGGGAUGAAGGAUGCCGCGGCUGAAUUGCUCGGGCACCGGGAGGCGGUGAAGUGUCGGAUGGGACCCGGUGGCUCCGAUUCGGGCCACCCAGGCGAUUGCCCACCGGGCUCUGACACGGUGGAAGGCGCGACCCUGCUACCGGGAGAAAGCAUCGCCUCGGCCGGAUCGAACACGGGAGGCGGCGGCGGCGGCGGGGGCUCGGGCAGCGGCAAAGACACGGACAAGCAGCAGCAGCAACAACAACAACAGCAGCAGCAGCAGAGCCAGAAGCAGAAGAGGCACCGGACUCGCUUCACCCCAGCCCAGCUCAACGAACUGGAGCGCAGCUUCGCCAAGACACACUAUCCGGACAUCUUCAUGAGGGAGGAAUUGGCUCUGCGAAUCGGUCUCACCGAGUCCAGGGUACAGGUUUGGUUUCAGAACCGCCGCGCCAAGUGGAAGAAGCGAAAGAAGACCACCAAUGUAUUCCGAUCCCCUGGCACACUGCUGCCCACGCCAGGACUGCCCCAGUUCCCAGGCUCCGGCAUGGGCGACACCCUGUGCUCCUUUCAUGCCAACGACACCCGUUGGGCCACGGCGGGCAUGGGGGUCUCACAGUUGCAGCUGCCCCCGGCCCUGGGCCGGCAACAGGCCAUGGCUCAGUCUCUGUCCCAAUGCAGCCUCGGCGGGCCGUCCAACACAAUGAGCCUCUCCAAUAGCCUGGCCGGUGCGAACGGCGGCGGCCUCCAGUCCCAUCUGUACCAGCCCACUUUCCCAGGCAUGGUGUCCGCCUCGCUGGCCGGCCCCGGCAACGUUACCGGCGGCUCGCCGCAGCUCUGCAGUUCCCCGGACAGCGACGUGUGGCGGGGGACCAGCAUCGCCUCCCUGCGCCGCAAAGCACUCGAGCACACAGUAUCCAUGAGUUUCACCUAAUGCAGCCGUUCCCCCUUCUCUCCAGCGUCCAGAAAACCAGGGAGCCGACUCAGGAUAUGAAACACGUCCUUCAGUAACCCACACGCAAAGAGGAGGUGGGAGGGAGAGGGAGGGAGGGAGAUUGGUCAAACUCUUAAAAUAUGACUAGGCGAGGAAAAUACUCGUUAUCAAUGGAUUCAAACUUCAAGAACUCUGACCAAUGGUGGUGAUCUGGGUUCUCUCGCUGCCUCACCUUUUCCGAAUCAUGUUUCCAGAUCAUAAGAUGGCCUAUUGCAAUAACAUAUUAGAUCACACACAGAUAGAGGGAGCUAUGACCAACUUGAGGGGUCUCUUAUAUUUCCGUUGGAUUUCCACACAUUUUGAUUCUUCAUAUACACAUAAUAUUAACAUGGACAGCCUUCACAAACCCCGCCUUGUUACAUUUCCAUGCACUUCACGGAGUUGGCACAUGUGCUCUCUUUUGAUUUCGUAGAACAUAGAAAAAUACAGCACAGGAACAGGCCCUUCGGCCCACAAUGUCCGUGCCGAACACCACGCCAUGAUUAACUGAACUCACCUGCCUGCAUAUGAUCAAUACCCCUCCUAUCCCUGCAUAUCCACGUGUCUAUCUAAAAGCCACUAUUUCCCUGUUCAUCUCGCCCAGGAAUAAAAUAGAAUAGGCCACGAUCCUGUCCAAUAGACUCAUGGAGAUCUUUCUCUCCACCUCAUGUACCCGCCGAGGUUCCAUAACUCUUGUAACAAAUCAUAAAUAUUGUCUCGGACCCAAUUUCCUUGAUCACGCAAGAGUCAAUGCCAAAUAUGUUUGUGAUAUUGGCCUCUCUCUACACCUUUCGCCCUUGGCUCAACGGAUCCAGUUUUACGCUUCAAUACAGCGGGGUUCAAACUCCGCCACGGCGAAACAUACUUUGUUCUUGCACUCGAGUGACACCGGACCCCGAGCGGAUAAACGCAAGAACACCGGCUGGCUCGCGGUAUUUUCUCACUGCACUGUGUUCACGCCUUUCGGAGGCUUGUUUCCUUCCCCCUUGGUCGCAGCUCACGAUUUUGGGCGAUUUUCUCUCUCUUUUUUGUUUUGUUUGUUUUUGGUUAAAUAUAAAGAAAUACUUCAGUCAAAACUGCCAUCUGCACAGCAUGUCGAGGGGGGAGGUUUCCAGCAUGCGAUGUGCACGUGAGUAUUUCAAGCCCUGAAACUACAUAACCAACCCAUGAACCCUAAACUCUCAUCUGCAUGAACUGGUCAGAACCAACCACCUGGCGCAAGCUACAGUGAAACAGAGCGAUCAAAGCUGUGAUAUAGAAUGUUUUCUGUGUAGAAUAACCACUCUGGUUAUACAUUGGUCAAUUUGUGCUAUGUUUUUAAAUUAUUGUCUGUGCUUAUUUAUCGAACAUAGAUUUCCUAAUAAAUGUUUGAUCUGUUA